CACAUCUCCUCUCUCACAAUGGCUGCUUCUUGCUUCACUGGCCAACAGCUCGAUAAUGACCUGGUCAUACUCAUUGCUUCGCUUCUCAACGCUGCCAACGUCCCGAACAUUCUCUGGGGCAAUUAUCUAUUGACCAUCUACGGAGUCCCCACGGUUGUUGACGGAGUGUCUUUCAUUGUACCCGAUGAAUCUAUCGACAUAUCAUUCUCCACUCUCUCCGAAGCCGGUUUUCUUCCUUGUUCGCAAGGUUUGGAAUGCCAGCAUUCGAAUUCACCGUAUUGCAAGCCAUACAAGCAUCUACAUAUAGACGACGAGCUUGAGGUCUCACUGUUCCGGGAGUCGGACCUACUCUGGGAAUUUCCAGACCUCAAGUCUUCGCAAUACACAGAUCCGAACAUCAUCAGCGCGUCGGACGAGAGGCUACCGUCAGCUACACUGGGUCGCGGUCGAGGUCGCUUUCUAUGCCCGAGCCCCGUCCGAAUCCCGUCCCCCGUGAGAUACUGUGAAGCUCUCAUCUUUCUCCUCUGUCGAGAUUACGAGACCGUCCGGCGGUCCUACUGGAUGGCACUGUUGACGUAUCUAGUAGAGUACGUUGAUGGAAUGGACAUUUUUAACGAAGAAGACUUGAGAGACGGGUUCAGACAGUUUUAUCACGCCUUGAAAAUGGCUGACCCGGUGAUGUUUUCGUUUCUGAAGGGUCUUCGAGAGACAGCAUGAUUAUAUUGUAGACUGCAGUAUCAUUUAUAUCUAUAUCAGACUAUACUCAUAACUCAUUGAUUGAUACCAGACUAGUUGCAGAGCUUCGCUCUGUCUACCACUCUCUCUGCGAAGCCAAAUGAUCAUUCCAAAAAACAACCCGCU